UGGUUUGUGGCAGCCAGCCGGCUCCAGCAGGGAACCAGAAGUGGUCUCUGGCCGGUGGUGGCAGACAGUGCCCAGGAUGUAUCUAUCCCCUUUGCCUACCCCAGAGCCUUGGCUUGCCCCAGGUCCUCAUGACCUUUCUGCAGAGUUCUGUUAGAAGGCUCCGUCUUCCGAGUGUCCAGUGAUGGUGGGAGGGUGCCACCGACCAAGGGGGUGAAGGUGGCGGUUCUGCUUCAGAGGGGAAUCUCCUAGUGCUGUGAUGUGACCUCGAGCCCUUGGUGGCACAGUGGUUACAGUGGUUCAAGCCCUGCCCACUCUUGAGAAAUGCGUGGCCCGCCUCUUAAGAGGCUUUCGAGUUUAUAUUCGAUCCAGCGUUCACUGCUUUACUCUUCUAUUUAUCCCUUUGCUGCAGCGAGGCGAGCCAGCGUGUUUUAAUAGGGGCAGUUUGGCCACCCCCAGGGGAAAUUUGGAAUGUCUGGAGACCUUUUUGGUUGUCACAACUGGGAAGUACUAUUGUCAUCUAUCGUUUAGAGGCCAGGGAGUCUGCCCCGCACCCUCCAAGGCACCGGGUGGCCUGGGCAACAGAGCCUGCAGGAGGCUCGGAUGUCAGCAGCGAAGCCGGCAAGCCUAGUCCUCCCUUCUAAGAUGCUGUGACUCCCCUGCCUGGAGCCCAGGAUGGAAAAGCCGGUUUUAUCUAGAGAUGUGGUACGGUGUGUUCCUGUGGGCACUGGUCUCCUCUCUCUUCUUUCAUGUCCCCGCUGGACUGCUGGCCCUCUUCACCCUCAGACAUCACAAAUAUGGUAGGUUCAUGUCUGUAAGCAUCCUGUUGAUGGGCAUCGUGGGACCAAUUACUGCUGGAAUCUUGACAAGCGCAGCGAUUGCUGGAGUUUACCGAGCAGCAGGAAAGGAAAUGAUACCCUUCGAGGCUCUCACCUUGGGCACCGGACAGACGUUUUGUGUGGUGGUGGUUUCCUUUUUACGGAUUUUGGCCACGCUGUAGCCUCUCUCCCAGUGCCGGGGGGCCAGGACAGUGCAACACAGAGACCUGAGUGGAAUCCUCAGGAAGAAUCCGCUGUGGGAUGUGAGGGUUCCUUGUUUCUUCACGUGGAAGCAACUUGGGUAAACAGAAAGUUGACAGCUCAGCCAGUUCCGCAGUUCAGAGCUCCAGGAUUGGAAGAUCUGUUUGGACUCCUCUUCUCAACCACGAGAAAACACGUUUCGUGGCUUACCUUUUCGUAGAAAAUCUAACUGAAGCAGCUUUACAGCUUCACCCAGUCCAGGCCGUCAGGGCUCCUGAGUUGGCGCCCCUACACUGAAGUUUGUGAGAUUCUGGGAGAAGAUGCAGUGUUGCAUGUUUAGAGAAACUAUGGGAAAUAAUGGUUUAUUUUUAAGCAGGGCAUACUGAACUAAAAUCUUUGUUGAUCUAAUUUUUUAUCUAAUUUUUUGGUCUAAAAUGUGGUAAAUUCUACGUUUGCUACAUUUUCAUGAGUCAGUGCCAAGUAGAUUUUGGCUAAGUGUACUUUUGAGGGGAAAAAAAAUCUAAAUGUGAUACUAAUGGGGGCUUUGGUUUUGCCAUUUAAAAACAAAAAGAUCUUUGAAUGAUGUGACAUUUUGUGGAUAACCUUCCUGACCUCUGAUUAUUUAACAUGUUCUAAGAGAUGUGAAUCUGUUGUUUUGUGCAUAUUAUCAAAAUAAGCUUGCUAAUUCAGAUUUCACCCCAUCUGUGCUACCUUUCCUCAGUGCUUUCAGUCUAUGAAAUUUCUGUUUCUUUUAAUUGGAAACACACGCAGUGUAACUGGCAUGAGUUGAACAUUUUAAGCCACAUUGGAUUAAGACACACGUUGGGCAUGAAGGCACAAAUAAGAGGAUACCGUGCACAUCUGGUUAAUGUUUUUAAUUCUUCACUUUGGCUUACCUAGUGAGUCUUGGGAAACUGUAGAAGCACAGUGGACACUAGACUCCAUGGUUAAUUUCUUGGUCCUAACGUGGUUCCCAGCAGAAGCUCCUCAGCCCACAGGACUGGGUGUCAACUCCCAGCAAGUGCCUACAGUUUAGUUUUCAGACCUGCCCCACUCUGCCCAGCACGGUUUCCUCCAGGAGUAUGUGUAUCUGUCGAAAGAAUUCAAUGUCAGAGCUUUUAAACUCAGUCUUAGCGAUUGUAAUUUCCAUCAUGUUGCCUAAGUUUCCCUCUCAGUUUGAAAACAGUGACCUUCACAAGGGAAAGGAUUCCAAAAGUGAAGUGACUUACAGCUGAACCCGAUUUGUGUGAAACACAAUCAGUAUUUGUCCUUACGCUGUUUUCAGAAUCGUUGUUGGUAGUGACAUUGGCAUUUUGAAAGGAAAGUUUUUGUUCCGAGAGUAAGGCUCAUAACCCAUAACUGGUCUGUGUGAAGUAAGUUAUCUGAUCUGUGUAAAACUAUCUGCAGUCUGGGUUUUGCUUAAAAGUAGCAAAGAACACCAUCAGGGAAAGUCAUAGAGAAAAAUUACAGCCACAAAAAAUUAACCUGACAUUUUUCUUUUUAAUUUUGUUAUCAGCCCAAUUAGACCAUGUGUCAAAAUUAUAUUGAUAUUAAGGUAGAUGGAAGUAAGGAGAUAUGGAUUGCAAAUUCUCUAAUCAGAUUAUUCUCCAAACCUCCUGUCUUCCUGCUAAUCAGAUAUUUAGUUCAAGACUCCAUUUUUCAGAUCAAGGAGCUAUCGAUUGUUUCUAAAAGAAUCAGUUUAGGGAUUUGGGAAAGGUGGUAUCCUUUAUUGUGGGAGAUGAUCUGAUCACAUCUGUUGAAAGAUGGUGCCUAUGAGGGGGCUUCAAAGAGUUGGUGGCAAAAUAGAAUUAAGUGACAAAUUUUUCUACAAAAUUUUAAAAGCCCCCAUGCGCUAAGCUUUUUCCCUAAAGCGUUCUGUUGCUAUAACUCUUCCAGCCCUUCAAACGUGUGUUCGAGAUGGAAAUGUUUGGGCCUUUGUUUCCGUCUGUGUUCUAUUUCCUGUAUUUUAUUGAGCACACUUGGAAAAGACUUCAGCUCUAAGAUGUAUCUUCAGGGUACUGAAUGUUUCAUCUCUCACCGUGAGGUACUCACUCUCCUAUGAGGAGGCUCUACAAGGUUUGUGGGAAAUUCCUGUUUUAUUUCAAUUCUGUUUUCCCACAAACUUUUUGAAACCUUCUCAUCUCUAGUUUUUUUUUUUUUCCUCAUCUCUAGUUUUGAUGUAGUUUUGAGUUAUGAAAGCUUGAUGUAAGUUUUUGGGAGAAACUAUUUGAACGGCAAAGAAUGUCUAGUCCCCUUGUUUUUAUUUAUCUGUUUUAACAACGUCGCAAAUACACAACUAUUUGGGGGUGGUUGUUCAGAUGGAAAAAUAUGAGCAUUUAUGUUAAACAUUUCAUCCUACUGUAUGUAGUUUUUGAGAAUGUUUGCUAACAUCUUUUUGUUGGAGACAUAUACAACUCUCCCCUCUCCCCACCUAUGCAUCCUCUUUUGCUUUUGAGGUGAAGGCAUUCAUAAAAUCUGAAGUCCAUAUACAAAAGGGUAGUGAUUAUUCCAAGAGAAAGCUGCCUUUCUCUAGCCUGCCUUCUACUAUGUGCUUCUAAUUUCAUUUUCCAAAAUAAAAUAAAUAUAUAUAUAUUUCUUAUGAAAUGUGUAAUGAGGAAUAGUUCAUGCCUAUAAAGUACUUUUAUGCCGUAUUUUUAAAUUGUAGGUUAGCUUUUGAUUCCAAUGCCCUGUCUGGCUGCUCUGGUUUGAAUUACGUUAUUACACUGCAGUGCAUACCAGCCUUCCCUAAGGAACCAUUUCCUGGAAUGUGAGCCCGGGUGCCAUUCUUUAUCCACAUGCAGAAAGUUUUGUGUAUAUGCAUUUCUUAUUUGUGUAUUCCGCAAGGCUGGUUGUGACUAAAAUCAGCAUAACUUUUUUGUAUUAGAUUAUUUCACUAACUGCUGCCAUCUAAAUGAUCAAAUCUUUGUACAAUGGAGAAUUAUUUAAAUUUUAUUUUUCUACUGACAUUUCUAAUUCUGGUAUAAAUGUUUAUCAAUAAAUAAUUACUUUCAACUCUGUGAGCUGAGAUUGCAGUUCUUUUUAGUGGCCAAUGAGUUUAAUCCUGUGCAAUAAAGUCCUCAGACAUGUUU